AUGGCAGCCCAUGUAAAUCCCGGACCUAAUGUGGUCAUUCCUUAACCAAGCCUUACUAUAAAUUGUAGAUUGAUAUUCAUUAUGAUGUCUCUGUGAGGGGACCUUGCAGUUGUAGUUAUUGACAGGAAGACAGAUAUUUGUUUCAACUUUGCAGCAAAGACGAGCAAGAAACUUAAGGUUGUAAGCAUCAAAGACUUUUGGUUUGAAACAGGGUUUACUUCUCGACAGCAAUGUCCUUAGUGAAUGUAUUACAAGUGGCAUACAUGCAGGGAUUACAACAUCUUCUAGGUUGUUGAGUCAAAGGUGUUCAUCAUCUGUCAGAUACUUUCCUAUAAGAAUAUGUUGAUAUAUCAUCUACGCUGAAAUUUGGAAAUAAUGAUAAAGCUGCAUAAUUUGAAGUAGCAAGCUUUGUAGUUCAAGAAGUAGAAAGCUGUCAGUUAAGGUUGAGAACAUCAGUGCCAGAAAAGUUAUCCGGUAUUGUUUUGGCCAUUGGCCAUCCAUUGAUUGUCCUAAAAAAGACAAUUGGCUAUUUUUCAAUGCAUCCAUCUCAGAAACAAAAAUUUUCAAAUGGGUUGCAGAGGUUCUCUGACGAGCCAGUGCAGGAGGUGGUCUCCUAUUGCAUGCCCACCAUCCAGAGUUUGGAACCCCACUCAUGCUCUGAUGACAGCAGCCAGGGAACCCACCCUUCAGUUCCGAUUUUUGAGCAGUAUUGCACCCUUGAAUCACACUCAGGAACCAGUGGCUAUGCCAUUCACAAUUCUCCAUCUACUGUCAGUUUCUCACCUAAUGGCAGCCCAGAACAAGAUACAGAGUCAUUCCCAGUACACUCACACCAAUCAUCUGACAACACUUGUGGCUCACCAGUUAAUGAAUCUUGCUUAACAGAUGAUGUUGAUGACUUGAGGCACAAGAUACGUGAACUCGAAACUGCUAUGUUGGGACCUCAUUCAGAUACUCCUGACUUACGCUCUAUCACAAACCCUGUUGGAAUUGUCCAAAUUCCAUAUGAUGCAGAGAAGUGUAAACAAAUGAUGGAGAUGAUCUCUAGAUGGGACUUGAAAGAAAUGCUUUGUGCUUGUGCUAAAGCAAUAGAAGAGAAUGAUAGGUUCACAACUGAAUGGUUGAUGUCACACUUACAACAGAUGGUGUCAGUUAAUGGUGAGCCAAUCCAACGUUUAGGAGCUUAUAUGUUAGAAGGACUUGUUGCAAGGUUGGCCUCUUCAGGAAGUUCUAUAUAUAAAGCCCUUAGAUGCAAAGAGCCUGCCAGUGCCGAACUUCUCUCAUACAUGCACAUACUCUAUGAAGUAUGCCCAUACUUCAAGUUUGGGUAUAUGUCUGCAAAUGGGGCUAUUGCUGAAGCAAUGAAGGAUGAAAAUGAAGUCCAUAUAAUUGAUUUUAUGAUUGCACAAGGCAGUCAGUGGAUCACCUUAAUCCAGGGUCUUGCUGCAAGGCGUGGAGGGCCUCCAAAGAUUCGUAUCACAGGCAUUGAUGAUUCUACAUCAGCUUAUGCCAGAGGAGGGGGGCUUGAUAUUGUGGGGAACAGGUUAUCAAAGCUUGCUGAGUCAUGUAAGGUACCUUUUGAGUUCAAUGCUGCUAGAAUUCCUGCCGCUGAGGUUCAACUUGAAGACCUAGGAGUUCGUCCUGGUGAAGCUAUUGCAGUGAAUUUUGCCUUAAUGUUGCACCACAUGCCAGAUGAAAGUGUGGGAGGUCAGAAUCAUCGUGAUAGGCUGUUGAGGUUGGUUAAGAGCUUGUCUCCCAAGCUGGUCACUCUUGUUGAGCAAGAAUCCAACACCAACACUGCCCCAUUCUUUAAUCGUUUCCUUGAGACAUUGAAAUACUAUACGGCGAUUUUUGAGUCUAUUGAUGUGACUCUUCCGAGGGAUCACAAGGAGCGGAUUAAUGUUGAGCAGUUCUGUCUGGCUCGAGAUAUUGUUAACAUAAUAGCUUGCGAGGGAUCUGAAAGAGUAGAACGUCAUGAACUUCUAGGAAAAUGGAGAUCACGGUUUAUGAUGGCUGGGUUUACACCUUAUCCAUUAAGUUCCCUAGUGAAUGCUACGAUCAAGUCCCUGCUGAAGAGCUACAGUGAGAAGUAUACACUUGAAGAGAGGGAUGGAGCCUUCUUUCUGGGCUGGCUAGACCGAGUUUUGGUUACCUCCUGUGCAUGGCAGUGAAACUCCCAUAAAUUGAUGCAUGUUUGUAGGUCUUGGGGUGACAACCUGAGGUAGGAAGUUUUUCUAGUAAUAAAGUCUGAUUUGAAGUUUGAGAUUAAAAUGUUGUUACCUUUAGUAUCAUCUAGUAAUAAAUAACUUUUUCCCACA